UUCCCCAACAACUAGGGGCAUACUAGUACUGUAGUAGUAGUACGUACAGUAGUACGCCCCAUACAUUCACGAGUCACGUUACUGUCUCUAAUAUUCCUCUGCUGCAAUUGCCACGCAUGGUACAAGAGUCGUGUUAUGCUAUGAUAGGGGCCAUGACAGGGAGCGUCGGCCCGUCGUCGUCGUUGCUGUGGUGUGCAGCUGCUUCUUCUUCGCGCAUGACUGUAGCUUCGGCCUGCCGUUGUGUCUUGGCAUACUGUAUGAGGGUGCGCAGAGCUGAUCCGAGCCAGUCGCGGUGGUCGGCGCUCUGCGUCUCCAAGUCGAGCGUUCGGUGGCUAAACACUACACUGAGCGACACCCGCGCCAGGUGCCGCGCCCUUCCGCCGUCGCACUUGUGGAACACGGCCGUGCUCCGUCCGUCCACGACAUGUGACGCGAGCGCGAGGUCCACGGGGGCGCUGAACCCGCCUCGCUUAUGUUCCCAUUGCAGGGUUCCGUACGGAUGACACACGAGGCGGGUGGGAUGGGGGGUACCGCGCCGGCCGUACUUUGUGAGUGGGGCAAACAUGUUGACGGCUUGCACGAGGUAGUACCGAUGGGGUCCGCCAAACCGAAACGCGAGCUCGACAAUCUUCCACCGAGCGCCGUCAAUGUCGGCUCCAGGAGAAGAAGUUGGAGGAUGGACAAAGGGAGAAGUAGCAGAAGCGGGGGGGGACGACGACAACGACGACGAUAUCAUGCCAGGGGGAAGCGGGGGGUAAUGGUUGGGGUGGGGGAUGGACGGACGACUUGGUGGCCGUUUGUUGGACUUGUGGAUGUUUAAACGACGAAGCCCCCCCGCCACAGACGACAUGAGCCUAGAAAAGUGGGGGGGUUUGGUGUCUCGUAAUGGAAACAUCGGAUGGACACGAGCGGCCGCCGCCGAUGACGUGGACGACGGGGACGUAGCCGCGUCGGGGGGAUGCGAAUGGUUGCGAUGGCGUCCAAUGGAUGGCUGGGAAGGUAGCUGUUGUGUGUGGUUGUGAUGAUUGUGAUGAUGGAGAUGGUUAGAGGACGGGACACCGAUGAGGUCGGCGGGAUGCAGCGAGUGCCGCGCGCAGUCCCUUCGAAGGUCCAGAACAAGGUUCCGCACGGACGGCGUCAGUUGAAGCAACUCAUUGUCGUCGUCCAUGUCUUGGUUGCUGUGACCUAUCAACACCUGCUCCACACUGGACACACUUGUGUCUACGUAUUUGUCGAACGAACGGCUCUCGGGGGAAGACGACAUGGCCUCGGAUGACGUGGUGGUGGUGUCUUGAAGGGGUGGGUACUCGUCGCUGGACAUGGACAUCCCGAGCAAGAAGCCAAUGCGAUCGUCGUCGUCAGCUGUGUCUGGGGACAGAACAUCGGGGCAGUCCAACAUGGCUGCCAGGUCGCCAGAGUCCUGCCGCUGAAUGUGCCGCACGAGAUGUCGGACGCUGUCGCGGAGGUUGUCUGGAUCGAUGGAGAUAUCUUCGGGAUCGUCGUUGUUGUCGAAGAACACGUCAUCGACUGACGCUCGAAAGGGAGACACCGGCGGCGCCGUUGUGGUGGCACAGGCGACGGCGGCGAGUGGAAAUGGCGGCGCAAACGACGUGUGCAAGAACUUGAAUUCCGUGACGAGGAUCGUGUCGUGUGCAGGUGGGCGCGGGCUCAUGCUUUGUCGCCGCAUGGCCGACGACGUCGACUGUCUCGCCAUCGUGUUCGAUCGCACGCGUCGGUUGCCGCCACGUGGCGAGUCCAAAUCCCACGUCAGAAGGGGGGACACGGGCGUCAAUGGACGUGGCGGCGUUCCACUGUUGCUGCAACGAAGUUCGUCAAAGGAAUCAUCAACCAGUUCUGUAUAAGUGCUGUGGCCACGCAGCAUUGCCGAGAGUUUGCCAAGCAGGUCCGUCCCGCCAGGCGACCCGUUGUUUCCGAAACUGCUCGAGGUAAACGUGCUGUCUCGCAUGCGACUACCUCGCUUCAAUGCACCACUACCACCUCGAGGGCCAUACUCUUCCAUCGACACCGCCGGGGUGCCGCUUCGAGAAAUGAGCGCUGGAUCUUGGGCCAGCACGGCAGAAACGACCCC